AUGAUGCAAACUCAAAAUCGUGUUUUAAAAUCGAUGCUACUAGAACUUCUAGAAGAAUUGCGAAAAUCAUCAAUGGAGAAAGUUGCAAAUCCGUGUGCGGAAGAGGAAAGAUCAUCGGAUGCAAUGAAGAGAGAAUUGAAGAAACUCCAAAAAGAAAACAAGAAAAUAAAAGAUAAUUUAUGUAAAAAGCAGGCCAAUUUAGCAAAAUGUUUAGAUGUACUAGAAAAUAAUAAUUGUGAAAUAGAUAAGUUAUCUAAACAUAUUGAAGUCCUUUGUUCGGAAAGAGAUAAAUUUAGAGAUCAAUUGAAACGAUUACAAUGCGUUAUUAACAAAAAAGAUAAAACAAUUUCUAGUUUGAAACAAAAAGAUGUCAAUAAUAGAACUAUGAUGUUGGGAAGAGAAGAGCCUGCACAAAACGUUAAUUGCUUGAAACAACAACUAGAAACUUGUGAAAAUGAGAUGCACAAAAACGAAAAGAGCCAAAAUAAUCAAUCAAUCAAACACCAGAAUUUAGAUGCUCAAGAUUUUGAUGGAUUAGUUAGAAGGUUACAGUCUGCAGAGAAAGAUUUAGAAGCGUCUAAUUUGGAGUUAUUGGAAUAUGAAGAAGAGAAUCGCUGCUACUGUCAAAAAAUUGAUUCCCUACUAAAAACCAUAAAGUGUCUAAAAGAAGCUAAGCUGAGAUCAGAUGAAGAUAAAAAAGAGUAUUUUGAGAGAUUAAAUGAUAUGCGGAACGAAUUUCAAGAAAUGUACGAACAAAAAAACAAAACCAUAGAAGAGCUCCACAAAAAGUUACAAAUGCGUAACUAUUCGGAAGAUAAUGAGCAUAAGCGAUGUCAAAUUAUGGAAACUAAGUACAAAGAUUGUCAAUUAAAGUUCGAAUGCUUUUUCAAACAAAUCAAAUCAUUACAAAAAUUCUUAAGUGAAAUAUAUUGCAAAUUGGAUUUUUGCGAUAAAACAAUAAGAGAUUUGAAAGACAAAAACAAACUUUUGGAAAAAAAAAUUUCGAGCUUAGAAUCUAUCUUAGACACAAAAUCAAAUGGAGCGAUCCACGUGGACGUAAUAAUAAAAGAAUUACAGUGCAUCAAUACAAAGUUACAGAAACAACUGAGUAACAAAGAAAGCAUAAUAACUAGUCUUGAAGAAUGUCUAGAUAAAAGCAACGAGAUAUUGGUCAACUGCGAAAAAGAGAUGAAUUUAAUCGAACAGCGGAAUUCGAAAUUUCAAAGGGAAAUGCGUUAUAUAAAAAGUAAACUAGAAGGUGAACUGAUUCAAAAUCAGUGCCUAGCAAUAAAAUGUAACAUAUUAAAUGAAAAUCAAAAUAAUUGCUUCGGAAAUAUCUAUGAAGAUAUAGAAAAAUUCAAGUCGGAGUACAAGAAUUUGUUAGCGGAAGCUGUUUCCAAAAAGCAAGAUCUGAAACAUAUUAAAACAGAAUUAGUUGAUUGUUUUGAUAGAGCCCAGGAUUUGUCCAGAAAUAGGGAAUGCUCAAGGGUAGUUCGUCCACAAUUAACUUCAGGAAAAUCAUAUUUCCCAAGCUGUACGUGUAGUCACAUAGAUUCUGGUCAAGUGAAAAUAAUUAGGAAAGGCAAACAUAGAUCAAGAAGUACAUCACCGCAUAAAAAGUCGAAUCAAAGAUGUAGAAGCUGCCCCGAAAAAAAAGUUGAUUACAUAAAUUUACAAAGAGCACCUAGUACACCAAACAUUCAAAAAUCCAGAAGAAAAAAUACAAGUAAACCAAAAUAA